AUGCCGUCAAAAGGUGUCUUCAUUUUGGUAGUUAUAUUUGGAUCAGUUUCAUGGAUAGGAACGAAUUCAGUUUGGAUGCAGCUUCCUCUUCUCACAGCUGAUCUGCCGGAAGGAUGGGGCCUACCGAGUUUCCUCGCGGCAGUAGUACAGGUAGCCUGCGUUGGUCCUCUGGUGUACAGCAUAUUUCACAAGGGUUUCAAGUCGAUAAUUAUUCCUACCAAAUAUCUCAUAAUUGCAUUUCUAAUCCUUUCUUGUACUUGUCAAUUCGGUCUGGUAGUUAUGUGGUGGUGGACAAUACCAAUCAAGAACAGUGAGUACUCUAUCGCGCUAUACCUGUUGCUCUUCGGAUUAGCGCUGGUCAAUGCAACAUCUAAUGUUCUGUUUAUGCCGUUUAUGGCACAAUUCCACCAUGCCUAUCUUAAUGCUUACUUCGUCGGCAUGGGUUUCAGUUCACUUAUCCCUAGUCUUUUAUCACUUAUUCAAGGAGCUGGAAAUUAUGAAUGCGAAGGUGUGACUCCAGUAUUUUCUCCUCCACGUUUCAGUGCGUCGUCAUUCUUCUUUGUUAUUUUCAUUUGGACUGUUGUAUCAACGGUCUCAUUCGAAAUUUUGUGCAGAUGUGAUGAAGAGAAAAUGUACGUUACAACAGUGAAUCCGAAGAAAACUUCAUCAGGUAUCAGUAAGCCUGGCUACAUAAUUGUCCUUAUCGCUACCGCUCUUGUUAACGCGCAAAUGAACGGUGUGAUACCUAGCGCUCAGAGUUAUGCAGCUCUGCCUUAUUCUCAGGCAACAUAUCAUUAUGGACUAACUCUGGCAAACUUGGUAUCACCAGCCAUGUCGUUUUUACCACUAAUCCUUACUGUGAGAUCAGUGCCUAGUCUGUGUUGUUUGACAUUCUGCUCAUCAUGUGCCACCGCCUUCAUAGUUUACCUAGCUUCUUUAAGCCCUAAUCUCUUCUUCAAUUCGGUUACCAUUGGGAGUGUACUGUCGGUUGGAAGUGCUCUAUUUGCUGCCGGUCUUCAUUCCUACCUUCGUGUCGUGUUUGCGUCAUUGUUACGAGAAGGUGAAGAAAGUGAGAGUAGGCUGUUCUGGUGUGGAGUAUUCAUUCAAGUGGGUUCGUUUAUUGGAUCUACCGUGAUGUUCCCUUUGGUUAACAUUGUUUCGGUCUUUACUUCCGCACCACGUUGUCGGUAA